UGAAGACUUGGUAGCUGGAAGAAAAAUUAUUGGACAGGUUGCCGAGCGAUCGCUUUGGUUUUUGUGUUUACGGUCCUUCGUGUUUCGACUCUCCUAAAUUUGUCUACAUGGCUCUCCAUAAAGGUUACAAUGCGCUACUAAAGCUCGGAAAGAUACAGCAAGGAAUAUUUUGCUGUUCUCACCGCUAUGCAAGUGAAGCAACCUUAUCAGUCAAACCAUUCGACCUACACAAACUUGAGACUGGUCCUUCCACAGAAGCACAUAUCACUAGGGAUGAUGCCUUGAAAUAUUAUAAACAAAUGCAAACUAUACGGCGCAUGGAACUUAAAGCUGAUCAAUUGUAUAAGCAAAAAGUCAUUCGUGGAUUCUGUCAUUUAUAUGAUGGCCAGGAAGCAUGCUGUGUUGGAAUUGAAAGCGCAAUAAAGCCAACCGAUGACGUUAUAACAGCCUAUCGUGCUCAUGGCUGGGUGCAUGUUCGAGGAAUCUCAGUAUCUCAAGUCCUUGCUGAACUAUUCGGGAGAAGACAUGGUUGUGCGAAGGGAAAAGGUGGAUCUAUGCACAUGUAUAACUAUAACUUUUAUGGCGGAAAUGGAAUUGUCGGUGCACAGGUACCUCUUGGUGCUGGUAUUGCACUUGCUCACAAAUAUAAAGAAGAUGGUGGGAUUUGUGUAACAUGUUAUGGUGAUGGUGCAGCCAAUCAGGGUCAAGUGUUUGAAGCUUUCAAUAUGUCAAAAUUAUGGAAUCUCCCUGUAAUAUAUGUCUGUGAAAAUAACAAGUACGGGAUGGGAACGGCUGUGGAGAGAGCAAGCGCAAGUACCGAAUACUACACAAGAGGAGAUUACGUGCCUGGUAUUAAGGUGGAUGGAAUGGAUAUUUUAGCAGUCAGAGAAGCAACUAAAUUUGCCAGAGAAUACGCAGUCGAAAACGGUCCUAUAUUAAUGGAACUGGCAACAUACAGAUAUCACGGACACAGUAUGAGUGACCCAGGAACGAGUUAUCGAACAAGAGAUGAAGUAAAAGAAGUUCGAAGUAAACUUGAUCCGAUCACAAGUUUCAGAGAAAAAAUGAUCAAAGCUGAAUUAGUUACCAUGGACGAAAUUAAAACAAUUGAUAAAGAGAUCAAACAACACGUUGAAGAGGAAACUGCUUUAGCGCUUGCUUCUACGGAACCAGACAUGGAUCAACUCGGUAGCGACGUUUACAAAACGGAUGUUCCUAUCCCCAUGCGCUCCACUAACAACUUUGAAAAAGUACUCAAUCUCCCAAACAUGUAACUGUGCCCGACAACUUAGAAUUUUAUUAAUCAUACUAUAUUUAAGUUAUUUUACCAUGAAAAUAUUGCCAAACUAUAAAACCCAAUUCCCAAGAAAUGGCUACACAGAAAUUGGGUCUUUGUCAAGCAUGUUUAUAGAUGGCCCAUGAUUAAUGUAGAUCUAAAUUAAUUUAAAUUUUACAUUUCAUGUUCACAAACACGAUACACAAUAACCAGUGGAUAUCAAUAUACGUAAAAGUUUCAAGUCUCCCUAUGAAAAAUUUAUUAUUGUACCAUGGCCAUGGCUUAAUUGACUACUUCCAGUCAAGUUUUAACAAUGUGAUUUCUUCUUUGAUACUCUAAGAUUUAAUGAACGUAUUGUUUUUUCUCCUUUGGAAAGAAAACUUUGCAGUGGCCCCAAUGCCAACAAUACACUCUAUAAUGUA